AUCGAGAGGGCUCAGGAGUCAGGAGUGUCAGGACUGGUCUGGUCGGCUGGGCGCCGUGGAUACCUCACGUGGAGGCGUACUCGAAAGGAUUAGAUUUGUAAAAAGUGUUUGAUAUUAAAACGACCUGAUUAAUCAUGACUAUUGUGACUCUUUUAAGCCGCAACAUCAAUUUAAGUCAGCUAUCAAAGCUGCGACCGUGUUAUAUUUACGGACAAAAUGUGCGGCUUUUGGCGUCGUACGCCAAAUUCGCCGAGCACACAUCGUUGGAGAAGAUCAGGAACAUCGGUAUAUCGGCGCACAUCGAUUCCGGAAAAACCACUUUGACCGAACGUAUCUUGUAUUACACGGGCAGAAUAUCAGAGAUGCACGAGGUAAGAGGAAAAGAUAAUGUGGGUGCAACUAUGGACAGCAUGGAAUUGGAGAGGCAAAGAGGCAUCACUAUUCAGUCCGCUGCCACGUAUACAUUAUGGAAAGAUCAUAACAUCAAUAUCAUCGAUACACCAGGACACGUGGAUUUCACGGUGGAAGUCGAAAGAGCUUUGCGCGUCUUGGACGGUGCUGUCCUUGUCCUCUGCGCCGUGGGUGGUGUCCAGUCACAGACUCUAACUGUGAAUCGGCAGAUGAAGAGGUAUAGCGUACCGUGCUUAGCGUUUAUCAAUAAGCUCGACAGAAUGGGCGCGAAUCCAAAGAGAGUUCUACAGCAGAUGAGGAGCAAACUGCAUCACAAUGCUGCAUUCGUACAGUUACCGAUUGGCCUGGAGAGUAAUACGAAGGGCAUAAUUGAUUUAGUCGCCCAAAAAGCAAUUUAUUUUGAAGGGAAUUUCGGAGAAACUGUUAGGGAGGAUGAAAUCCCGAAGGACAUGAACGCAGAGGUGAAUGAAAGGAGGCAAGAAUUAAUCGAACACUUGAGCAAUGCGGACGAUACGUUCGGCGAAUUGUAUUUAAACGAUACAAAGAUAACCGAAAAAGAUAUUAUGGAUGCCAUACGCAGGAGCUGUUUAAAAAGAAAGUUUACGCCUGUGCUGGUUGGCACUGCCUUGAAGAAUAAGGGGGUUCAGCCAUUAUUAGAUGCAGUAAUAAAUUACUUACCAAAUCCAGGAGAAGUAGAGAAUUAUGCUCUUCGAGAAAAAUCCGACAAUGAAUAUGCUAAAGUUUUAUUGGAUUCUACUCGUGAUGACAAGAAACCUUUUGUUGGAUUGGCAUUCAAGUUGGAGGCUGGCAGAUUCGGUCAAUUAACAUAUUUCCGUUGUUACCAAGGAAUGUUAAAAAAAGGAGACAAUUUAUUUAACACAAGAACACGAAAAAAGGUACGAGCACAAAAAUUAGUUCGACUUCAUGCAAAUCAAAUGGAAGAUGUCACGGAAGUUUAUUCAGGAGAUAUUUUUGCUAUAUUCGGCAUCGACUGUGCGUCUGGUGAUACUUUUGUCAACGAUUCUAAACUGGAUUUAUCAAUGGAAUCGAUUUACGUUCCCGAUCCCGUGGUAUCUAUGUCUAUACGAACAAAGAAUUCAAAAGAUCGAGAUAAUUUUGCUAAAGGUAUUGGCCGAUUUACCAAGGAAGACCCAACCUUGCGUUUCACCUAUGAUGUAGAUAACAAGGAAAGCAUAAUUUCCGGUAUGGGCGAAUUGCAUUUGGAAAUUUAUGCGCAAAGAUUAGAACGCGAAUACAACUGCCCGAUUAUUCUUGGAAAGCCAAAAGUUUCCUUCCGCGAGACUUUGGUUGAGCCUUGCGAGUUUGACUAUCUUCAUAAAAAGCAGUCUGGUGGUGCUGGCCAAUACGCUUGCGUGAUUGGAGUUAUGGAGCCGUUGCCACCUGAGAGAAAUACAAGCAUCGAGUUUUCGGAUGAAACUAUAGGAACCAAUGUCCCGAAACAAUACAUUCCGGGUGUAGAGAAAGGCUUCAGAGCAAUGUGUGACAAAGGUUUGCUCAGCGGUCACAAAAUCGCUGGCGUUAAGUUCAGAAUACUCGACGGUAUGCACCAUUGCGUCGAUUCCUCGGAAUUUGCCUUCUUCCAAGCCGCGCAAGGUGCUGUUAAGAAUGUUUUCGAAGCCGGUAGCUGGCGAAUCUUGGAGCCGAUUAUGCUGGUCGAGAUAGUGGGCCCGCAGGAAUUUCAGGGUGUGGUAUUGGGACAAGUCAACAGGAGAAAAGGAAUCAUAAGCUCAACGGAAGUGGUAGACGAAUGGUUCACAAUCGUUGCGGAAGUGCCACUUAACGAGAUGUUCGGUUACUCCGGUGAAUUGAGAUCGACCACGCAAGGUAAAGGAGAGUUUACCAUGGAGUAUGCAAGGUACAGCCCUUGCUUAUCGGAUGUGCAGGAUCAAAUUAUUAGACAAUAUCAAGAAUCACAGGGAAUAGUAAUCGAAAAAUCUCAGAAGUCGAAAAAUUAAUAGAAUAUCAAAUAAAUUUUUUUUUUUAUAGUAAAAUUGCGCAAUAUUAUCAUGAAUGUUGCAAGUGCAUUAUGACAAUAUAUACGCAUUGUUUAUACCUAUAAUUUAAUCUACUCGACGUAAAUUGAUAAGUAAUUACAAGUAAUAAUAAUUAAUUAUUAACAGUGAAUAAUACGCAAAAUUCGUAUACUGAACAAACGUGUACAAACGUAUCGAAUGAGUUGUAAAUAUUAGUUUAUCGGAAAAUGUGUGAUACGAAUUAUAAGAUAAAUAUGUAGAAAGUAAUUUCCGAGGGGUAAACCGCUGAGGGCAUCGCAGUGUAGAUUCGAGGCAUUGCUAGGCAUUACUGGGCACUAUUACGUUUUAUUUUUAAACAAUUGACAAUUGUUUUAUGUCAAACACACAUUUACAACACGUAAUAAAGUGUGAAUAUUAAAUAAAUUACGCUAAAUAAUAAGAUUGCUCUCUCACGAUGUUAUUCUCGGGCAUUACUAGGCAUUAGUGUACACAAUUUUGGUUAGCGGUUUAUCUCUCGGUAAUUUCUAUCUGCAUGCGUAUGAUGGAAAAA